CGUGCAUCUAUAAUCCCCUAAUCGAAGGAUUAGAGGAUGAAGAUCGCCCCCUAGGAGAGACGCGAGGGAAUAAGAACGUCGAAAAAAAUACUCAUAAACACGGUUGUUCGACAAUUACACCAAGAGCUCGCUUGAAGAAGAGAAAAAAAGUGACGACGAGUAGCCAGCCGAGGGUUAGAGAAUCAACGCCUACUAGCGAGACGUGGUUCCUCCUUGUCGCCAUGUGCCGUUCUGUCGUGACUCUUCGAUAAUCCUUUUUAGGAUCGGUAGAAAAGACACAAACUACAAGGUAUCAUCGUAAUGAAAACGCCAUCUAUCACCAGAGGCCUUGAGUUAUAUAUAUAUGAGUAGGUGAUGAAGAAAUCAAAAGGAACUCCGACUCCACUUUUCAUUCGUGUGAAGAUAAUCUUUGACUAGUAGAAGUUUCAAACUUGUUGUUCUGCAACCACCCACACAGAACCACAACUACAAGAAACCCGCCUAGCCCUUCAGUUUAUCGCGUCAUCCUUGAACAUCUCAGCUUCAAGCUCAACUUCCUGCUACAACUGUGACAACCCCAAGCUCACCUUGCCACGACCAACAAGAUGCCGGGCUUCUUAAAGAGCAUGUUGCGGGGCGUCGUCUCCAGCGUCGACCCGCGAGAGCUCAUGAAGUCCACCCCGCUAGACAACUUCAAGGCGGCGGUGGCAGAGAAUCCAGAUGUCGUAGAAGCCGUUAAAUCGCUUCGCUUUCAAGAAAUCUUGACGCGGCUUAAGAUCACCUGGGGAUGGAUCAAAACGGCAGUCAACGACAGAUCAGAGAAAGAGUUCCGCAUUUUUGGUCCUCGUCGUGUAAAGGUAGUAGAACAAAAAAUCGCCGUAAUCAAUACUAAGAAGGAGCUGAAGACACAAUUUCCGCAAUUAGAUGCAUUUUUGUCGAACCUCGCCACAGCUCUCAGCAACGCACUCAGUGGAACAAGCACAACAAGUUCUGCUGGAACAAAUGACAUCAGCAUAAUGUGCGAGACCAUUCUUCUAACACUCGAGGUAGAAGUGAUGAAACACGCCGGAAUACUAUCUCAAUCUCAGUACGACUUCGAAGUAGGAAAGGAAACAGGAGCACAAGCAGUGUAUAAGGUGAAGGCGAUGAGAGCGUCUUUUCGUGCAAAGGUUCACAACACCGUCUUCAACUUCGACAUUGAUAGUGGUCCACUAGCAACAACGGAAAACAUUAGUGGUAAAAGGGUUUGGCUAGCCAAGACCCUUACUUAUACUCUCGAGAAGCGCAACAAACUCGCUAGAAAUGGAGCAGUCUUGCUCAAGGACUUUGUAUGGGUAAGAAAAGCUCUCCAAUCGGCAACAACUGCGUUUAUCCCCCCGAGACGCGACGAUAAACUGAGUGCGAGAGCGGUAGAGAAAUUAGAGUCGUCUCCUUUAGCACUUGAACGGACUGCCGUUGCCAGGGUUGUCUCGGAUAGUAUUGUGGAGCAGAACGAAAAGAAGCGCAAGGACAACGUCUCCGGUUCCUUUCUUGACAGCUCGAUUAGAGGUACUUACGUAUAAUAUGAGUUUUCUCGUUGAGAAAAGUUUUAAAGCGAUGCCUACAAGUUGAGCAUAGAAGAGAUUGCUACUAGGCAACUGGUAUUUUUUCUGAAGCUUGUUGUUCUUGUUCGAAUGAUUAUUGUCUCGUCCAUUUGUUGGGGAAAAAGAUUACGCUUCGGCUUCGCGCCCUUAUACUUCUUUUUCAGAAAUAAUAUAAUCAUUUUGGCUCAAGGCCUUGUCCUUGUUGCCUAUGACUAACAAAUAGAGAGACCUGGCCGCUUAGAUUCUAAGAUAGGUCUAGAUCUAGUCGUUUUUCUUACUUCAUCCAAAUCAAUCAUCGUAAAUAACUCCGCGAGCGGUUGGGCCUAAAGUGGGGCUAUAUAAGUAGGUCGCUUAGGCUGAAAACGUGUAGGAUUAAGACCAUUCCAACAAACAGUAGAAAACCUCACCUCCAUCAUCGAGGAAGUAGAAAACCAUGAGAACACACAACUGCCGGGGAGCUUGCCAAAUUGAGAACCGAAUACGUAGCAACAAGAGGGAGACAGCAGUCCAACACCUUUCCGCCCCUCGUCGUGAAUACAAUGCGUGACGACUGCAGUAGUAGUAAGCGAACACGUGCAAGAUCUUCAGUGCAGGCGAAUGCACGUCAUGAAUUAAAUGAAAACUACGCUACUGCCCAAAGGUGUCAGCAAGAGAAGGGGCGCACAGUUGACAGCUCACAAGAAAAAAAGCAGUGAAGGAAUACACCUGAGCCACCCAGUCCAUGCGCCGAAUCAAGAGUAGCUAUAGGCUUAGGCAUGACUAUGCAGGGCGUCGCGUCUAGCUCUGUACUUAAGAGCAUCCAAAUUCAUAGCAGUGAUUUGCAGUCCGGUAAAAUAACGCGCACCAAGCUACAAAUCACAGCCAGGGAACAAAAUGACUCACAGGAUUAGUCAAGUUCGCCCGAACUUAGGAGAAGAGGAAGGCCGCGUCACUUUUGUUCUACCACGAACUAACCACUUAUCUCAGCAGUUUGCUAAGUAGAAGACUGCGCCGACUAAUUAAGUACAAACAGCACAAAACAGCCGGAGGCUCAUGGGAAGCCACGCCCGACACAAGAACUCCACGGCUCUCUGCUGAUGCCAUUCCUGAGGACCUCAAUGGUAGAAGAUGCGACGACUUGGCCUCAGCAAGUUAUUAGCAGCCAUGGUUGAGGCUAGUCUGUUGGGGUAAUACUCAGGACCAAAACAACUGUCAGGAAGUCCACAAGAUUACGCGCAUUGCGUUAGCUAUGACGUAGAGACUAACCACCCAACAAAGUGCGCACUUUCCCUCCCUCUGGAAGGUUCUAAAAGCUCACAGCAGCGCUCAACACCAGCAACAAGCAAACUAGAUAAAAGCAGAACUCCUAACAGCUCAGCAAGUGGCUCUUUCUUUCUGUGGUGCUGAUAAGCACACGAGUGUCCAAGUUACUAGAGAAAAUUAACAGCGCAUGUCUCAGAGCUCAGAGGGCCAGCGCUCAGGAAUACUCACAGGAGUGGCGCUACUCUUUAUAUCAAGAGGGAAGCACGAGCAGAGCGCUGGCAGAGCUUGUUGCUGAAGAUCUACCUGCUGUCGCAGCCAUUGCAAUUAGGAGCGAACGCCCUCAGUGUUUCAUAGAAGAGAAGGGAGCAGAGCAGAAGCAGUCGGCACUCUUGAUGGGUUUCCGUGCACGGGUAUCCUUUUAGGGGAUGACUUCCAUUUGGUUAGUUAUUCAGAAGACAAAAUAUGAGCAGACAAGUUACAAAAUGCCUCAGCUCAGGAAUUGACUCCAUUCGAAAAAAUUCCUACAGCCUUCGACUAUAUUUAGAACGAAAACAGGGCCCCGAGCUGAUCGAUCCUGUUCGAGACUUUUCCUCAACCAUUCGAAACACCUCAAGGACAGGCCCAAGAAAAGGCUCAGGCGCAGCGUCGAGUUCUUCGCCGAUCCGAAAGGCUACGACAAACUAACUCGUGGAGUCGACAUUAUCUGCAGAGCGGCGGGCGGAUUAUCUCGCUUACUAUCGAGUAUAUUUUUUGGCGAAUCAAAAAAAAUAGAGUGGCUAAAGACUCUAGCUACUUAAACCAUCGAGCGGAGCUCUUGCUUUCUCUACGAAACCCCAUGAGGAGCGCGAAUAGUAAUAGUUGCGCUUAGGGGGAGAGCCGCAACCCUUCGGGCGCUCGUUUUUUCGACUCGUCCUCUCCCGCUCAAGGCGCUCAUCUCACCACUCAUUCUCUUUCGACGCUACCGGGUUUCCGCCUGUGCUAGUAUCUAGUAGAGACACUACCAGAGCCAGGCUCUUGCAUUUACCUAGUGGAGACGCUACCAAGCAGUGAGCUGCUGCCAAGGGGAGUGGAACACUGUGCGCAUGGACUGGGCUCGCGCCACUCCUACUAUAAUGAGCGAGGCUGCUGCUGCCAUCGGUAUCAGUUUCAGUCACAGCUGUGCGCGAUUAAGAUUAGGCGCAGAACUAGACGGGGCAGCAGUAGAACAACACGAGGAACAGACAUCGCACAAGGUGAAGGACAGAACCAGCAGGACACUCUCAAUUUCAGUGGCUGGCCAUCUUCUUCCUCGGAGCUUGGUCGCCCUCACUCUUACCAGAACGCGUCCACUCUCAUUGUAUCGGGCACACAGUCACAAUCGCACUCAGUGAGUCACAGAAGCAAGACCUUAAAUAAGUUCACCAUCUCGAUCUCCGUCGCGAUCUAUAUCAGCAGGGAGCGCUUACGAAGAUUCUGCUUCUGUUCAUUGUUGUUGUGCAGAUGAGACGAGUUGCGGGCCGCUCGAUGAAGCAGAAGCUCACCACAGUGACAAUUACGACUGCAUCAGCAUCACCAUCAGCGCCAGCAACUACAUCGGGGGCCAGGAUUUUUAGAGGAACGAAAAGUGGCUGCAGUAGGAGCGGGCCAGACUUGCGAGCUUAAGCUUAAGUCCUACUUCAGUACGUGUUAAGGCAGGGCUUCAGCAUGAACAUCAGCCACCACUAGAAUCGUUCGCAUUAAUUAUUCAUAUGAUAACCACUACCGCAGUGCUUCUUUUUCAUUCUCUAGCGACUUCGUCUAAGUCUUCUAAUUAAAUUACACCUGUGCUCUGACUUUCGUCAGUCAUCAUAUUGAAACUAAGUUAGGACUUUGCUACUUCUAGGCUCUGACUCUAGUUCUAUGCUCACGCGAGCGGGGGGGAGACAUGGCUGCGAUGGUGGUAAAGGUAUCAAGUAGAAGCAUGCGCGAGCUCAUGGAUAUCUUUUUCUAGAAACGCGAGCAACUUACUAUACUAUGUGCGGCUCCUAGUGAUCGCCUUCCCUCCGAAGAGGAAGAGGGUGCGAGAGAGUGAGAAAGUGGAGCAACCUGGUCCACUUUAAUUGUGAGGACAGAGUGCCAUGGGCAUGACGAUGGCGACGCCAUUUCGUUUUCACAUUCACAGAGGCCGCGACUAUUGUUUUGAUAUGCGUGCGCUUCUUUAGAUGUCUACCCAUCCAUGGUCUAGGUAUACGGAAACACGCGCGGACGCCUAUGCCCUUAUACAUAUGUUAACGCUUAUAGGUAUACUAAUAUGAAUACUAUUACUAAUGCUAUGCUUAUGCAGUAGUAAUUGUAACAACGUCGCCCCUUGCUAAUCACAUCGACCACUGUCCAACACCUAUGCCAAGGUGAAGGCCAUGGCCAGCGCUAGCAUUAAGACGGAAACCCCGACUACGUGCAUGAGAUGAGUCGGCAGGCUUGGGAUGCGUCGGCCGUUAAGUGUGUGGCGAUCAGUCAAUAGCGCUAGACUUAGACUAUUUAGAUUUAGAACCGACAUAGACACUGAGACAGAGACCAGAGGCUGAGUCUGAGACAGGUACAGCCACGAACACAAAUAGAGAGAGAGUGAGGCGCUGCUGUGAGGACAGUUAUAAGCAAACUACUUAAAGCAACACGAGGCGACGCAUGGCGCUGAAAAUCUACUCAGUGCUCCCUGUUACUCAUGUCGUUACUCAUAUUCAUUAUCCAAAUUCCCUCUCACUCUCACAAUCACUAUCGCACGGCCUCGGUCUAUAGUUAGCUAACUUUAAAUCUUUACAGGUGCAAAGCGUCUUUUUCUUACUCUCUUCAACCAAGUCAAUGCUCUCCAGCAUUGUGCUGCAACUUCUUUUGUGCUUUGAGAUACACAGAGGCACACUCUUCAGCCUUAUGGAGAAGUCGCAGGCCUAGGUGUAUUCUUCAGAAGUAUCCUUCCUAGCUUUUCUUCUACGGGCAAAGGAAAUGGCUUCCAUUCUAGGCCUAGUGCUUCUUGGAGCCGGCGGCCUUCUUCUUGGAGUCAGCACCGUUCCCCAUGGUAGACGCUCCACCAAGAGAGACCUUCGCCUUCUGUUCUUCGCCGUGGUGGUAGACGAGGAUGCCGCUGCUCGUUUGUUUUUAGCUCCAACCUCUGGCGCCGGCUCCCCGAAGCAUGCAGAAAGUUCUGCACUCAACAUAGGUAGCUGCACCUUCUUGGCUGGCUUCGGCUCACCUUCCUGGAGGGAAUUGUCCGUCUGGUCCUCCGGGUCCGGACCGAGGUCCUUCUUGAAGGGCAGCUUGAACUUCAAACAAAAGCUCGGAAAGGUCUGGAGAGAGUGGAAGUUUGGAGAUCGAAUUCGAAACGCGAGCACAUUCUCAGGAAACGAGAACGGGCCUACAGCUACUGCUACAGCCUCAAGCUGCAGCGACGUCUUCCGCUUCAUCUCCAAACUGAGCAACAGCGUCACCCUAAGCAACGAAGGAGAGUUAUGACCAGUUCACGCGGGCGCGGAGUGUAGUCCUUCGCUUCUUGGUCGUUCGAUUUCCAUUCCAGCUCCAACUUCGGCAACUCAGACAGGUACUCUGGGAAGGGCACACCGUACAAGCUGGACACCGUCCAUGGCAACCGACCAGCCACGACGUUGGCCCUACUGGUGGACACCUCGCGCCGCUGGCUCAUCGCCUUGCUGUCGCGCGAGAAGAGGACUUAGAGGCAUCGCUUUGACACUGACGCUGACACUAAAGACUGACGUAGGAAGGCAUGGCGAUGGCGAGACUGAAACUCCGACUGGACUGCAAAUAAGAUUACGACUGCCAUGGCCAUGGGGGCUUGGGGCGUGAGUGUGAGUGUGGGGCUUAUUUUCAUAAUAGUAGCUCGCAUCGCAUACGCAGCAAUCGACCGCAGCAGCGAUCUUACGCCUCAAGGCCUUCGCGUAGACCUUGGCAACCUGCUCACCCUCAGACAUCUCGAUCCCUUUGCGCGGACGCUCAGCCUCCUUGUGCGCGUCAUCCGCUUCUUUCUUCUCGGCUGCGCGCUUGCGAUCACGCGUGAUGGACUCCUCGACCUUCUUACGCCAACACCCCUCAUCGUCAUCGACGCGGAUCAUUAGAAAUCUGCACUAGUUUGCAGAUGUAGUAGUUGUGGAAGUAGAUGUAGACGCAUAGUAGAUGUAGAAGAAGAAGCUGAAGUAGAUGCAGUCGUAAGAAAGAGUAGGGACACUGACACAAGAAAACGAACCCAGACAAGUUCCACCACAAGGGUGAGGACUAGAGAAGACAGACUGUUGCUGGAGACUCGAGCUGAAUCGGAAUGGCCUUAACGACAACGCCUUGCUUGUGGCCUCUUCGGAAGGCUUUUCGGCCUUGUCUUCGCGGUCCCAGCGCUCCUUGCGGGCUUUCGUCUCCGCCUUAAAGUCCUCAGUCUGCUUUUGGAGCCUCGCCUUCAGCUCUUCAAUAGCCUCAUCCGCCGCCUUCAUAUCCAUGCAGGCACCCUGAUAAUCGUGCAAAGCCUUGGACUUGUGCUCGGAAUCGAAGACGAGACGAGUACGCAUGUCCUUCACGAUCUUCAGAGGAGCAGCUGGAGGAGAUGGAGGGCGAGAAGAUUGCGUACCCAGCCAGAUCCAGGCCGAGGUCUAGCACCAUUCAGCGUCAAACUCACUAUCAACUUCAACACUCAGCAUCAGCUUCAGCGUCGACUUGUUGCAUCAGCAUCAGCUUCAGCGUCAACACUCAACAAGAGCAAGAGAUAAAGAAUAGCCAAACCAGAUCCAGAAGAAAGUAAAAAAGUCUAAUACUUGGAGCGUUCUCCUUCUGCACGAUCUGGAGACCAACCGUCGCGACCUUGUUGAUGUAGGCACCCAACUGCACCGCCUUGAGCAGCUCCGCCAUAGAGCGCAGCUGACGGCUCAGCUUCUUCUCUUCUUCCUUGGCAACGAUGGGAAAUCUAUCGUAGACGAGACCCUCAAGGAAGCUGGGACGAAGCGCGUCGUGUCGUCCAAGAUGCUUACUGCGCGCAUAUAAGUCCUCGGCUUUCAUCUGCGAAAUGGUUUUAAUGAUUUGUCUCGGUGAGGGGUAGGGUGACUGUGAUUGAGUUUGUGCUCAGGAUCGGGACUGCGAAGGAGAGAGUAGAGCUGGACUAUCAUUAUCAAGGAGAAGCAGAACCAGAACGAGAACCAGAAGCAGGGCGAGAACUCAGCGUCGACUUCAGUUUUGUUUCCAAAACAAAUUACCUCCGUCACAUAUGCAGCUCCAUUCGCAAUUUGCGCCACCGUCAAACAACGGGGGGAAGCCUUCGGCGGCUUCUGUGGAAACGAAAUGCCAUGGCGCUCUUCAUCAAGUGCAUCGGGUUGCUUUGGUGCUUCAUCUGACUCGGUAUUGUUUGUCAAGAAGGACUCGCCCAGGAGGUCACUGCUGUAAACGCAGGCACCCUCGUGCGCAUUCUUCCAGACGGAACAAACUUCGCGGGUCUGUUUGAGUUUGUGGCGUUUGCGUUAAGGAUAGGGCUAAGGCAUAGGCAUCCGCAUCCGUAAGGCUUGGGCUUAACGGAAACAGAUAGAGUUAGAGCAAAAUAAGUUAGAGCAAGCGCUAGAGAUAGAGUCUGAGUCACAGUAACAUUCUCAGUAUGAGUCUCACUCCAUCGCCAUCGAGUGAGGCAUGGGCAUCGGCAUAGUCAUAGAAGAGAAGAAGCAACUAGACUGGACGAAAGAGAAAGCGAAGAACUACCUUGCAGAUGUUUCCAGGGUGCUUCGCCGGCAGCCCUCGGCUUGUGUUCGCUUUGAUCAUGUUCAGUCUUCUCUCAUCGUGGCAGGGACGUCCCUACCAACCAAGAAGGCGAAGCAUCUCCAGACGCGUUUUCACGCGGGGAAGGAUCACGCAGAAGAUGCCUGCUACUGCCCGACCCACUUGAGUCGCGCUGAUCCUCUUGCCAAACCAAUGGGGAGGCCCUUGAUGGUGUUCCAGACACCGCUUGGCAUUUCGCUCAGCGACAAGAAGCGCGACGCCCGUGCGUUGUCUUGCUGCGUCGCUUCCUUGGGGGGAAAGUGGGGCAAGGGUCAAGGCCGUAGGGGCGGACUGCGGGAACCUAUGGAGAGCGGUGCUGUCUUCCCCUGCCGUGCGCCGCGUCAUCGGUAGCGCACUGGGGGCGGGCAGCGAGGUGCCUGCGGGGGUUUUUGUCCGCGUAGUGGAAUCUUCUACAUCGAUUGCCAGCCGGGUGCUGUCACAGUUGACCGUAGCCAUUUCUCAUAGUGAGCUACUUUCGUCUUUUUGGUGUUGACUUGGGCUCGUUGGCUGUCGUUGUCGUUUCUGACUCAGUGCCCUCUAUCCAGUGUCAAGACGAGGGCAAAGGCCUUCAUCGUUGUCAUUGAGAGGGGGGAUGCAGGAUGGGCGGAAUGAUAGUGGAUAGACCAACAACGUGAAACGGCUCAAGGAUCUCAGUCAAGAGGCCCACCAAGAUCGUGAGCCAAAUGGUUACAGGAUCAGAAUCGCACCAAUAUAGGAAGGCCAACAAGAUCACACCAAGGGGAUCGCCAUCAGGAUGAUCACCAUGGGAGUUGAAUGCUAUCGGGAUCGAGAACAUCAGCACCGAGGCCCCUAGCGUUGCAAGUAGUUCGAUGCCCAUAGACAUGAACGAGCACGCUUUGGAUCUGCAUGAUAAUCAUCAAACUGAGUGGACUUGCUCCAGCCUGCGCAGGUAUGGCGAAGGAGAUACUGUUCCCAACUUGACUCCCCCGCGGGUCUAGUUUUCUACUCUAGGCUUUCAGUAUUCUAACAGGUUCAGAGGGUUUAUCUAGGUCUCUUGAUAUCGGUCCGGCGCCACAUGCGACUCCUUAUAAGCUACGCUCUUUGUCAUACUUGCCUGCCUGCAGUGAGAUAAUAUGACUGCCAGACGAACACAGAGACUGGGCUGGUGAUUGAUAUGCCAGCGAUUCCAUGAGGCUGGAGCGGAAUGCUAAGGCCUCAACGUUAUGGCUUUCGCAUACGUGCAGCUAUUCUCCUUGUCUCUAGUGAGUCGACGCCCAUGAGUGCAGUGGAGACAAGACACAUAAGAACUCUGCAGCGAGCACCAUCUUUCUAACUGGAAGAUGCACCUCAUGGGCAGGAGUAGCCCUAAUGCGCGUAUUAGCCUAACUUGAUUUCAAUACUUUUUCAUUUUAAAUCUUAGUUAAGAACCACUCUCAAUCAAACGCAACUUGUAGGACAAUCAGCUUUCAACGCCACCCAUAGGAAAAGAAACAGACAAAAAAUGAAGGACGUCUGAUGUAAAUCAAUACAUCCAAACAAACUCCCGGCAGCAGAGAGCUCGGAGUUGUUCUAGGCUUAGACUGUUUCCUUCGCUUGCUGUAAAGAGAAUGACAAAGCCACAAAUGCACAAGAGGACAGUGCUCGGCUCGUUGAUUAAUAGGAGGACCCCUCGAGAGAUUAGCAGAAGGCUGGAAGCAUAAGGCCGUCGGACUACGUAAGAAAAGACAGAGGCCUAGUUAAAGGAGUAAAUAAUGGGGGAAGAAGGUCAAGGAAGUUGUUGGGAAAAGAAAAAAGAGAUUCGGUCUUAUUUAGUCUGCCAUAGGCGUUACUCACGCGCACGCCCGAAGCAGUCGGUCUUUUUAGCUGCCGCGUCUCUACUCGGGUCGCCACGGAACCACGCAGCUUUUGAUGAGUUGCUACGUGGUUCGAAUGAGUGAAUGAAUGAAUGAGCAGCCCUUUGGUCUUCCUCGGUCUAUCUUCUAUUUCUCCCUAUGAGAAACAAAUCGAAACUUACACUGAGGUCGAGUUGUAGCGGACAACAGAGGCGGCAUUAAUUCUUUUUCAAAAGGGAGCAAUUCGGCGCUGGAGAUGGAUACCGCUAAGACCAAUACUGGCAUGAUGAGCAACUCCGCGAUGAGCGCUGGUUCUUACAUGAUAGACCUUCACUGCUUGUUCUUGUUCUUCCUUGAUUCAAUGAUCAAGUUUUGUUUUUUAGUUGGAAGAUCAAUUUUCUGCAAAAAUCGAAAUUGAAUAUGUACGAACAAAAACGAAGUUUGGGUUUGCUUCUUCCGAUACUUAAUCUCGACCAAAAAUCGCACUUUAGCGCAAGCACAUGUGGAAAACGGCGAUGCUUCCGCCAAUGCGAAUGUUAUGGCUAUUUUCAUCUACCCUCUUUCUAGGCUCUACUUAUCUCUGCGAGACUAGUUACUUAGCAACCCAUGACUGUAGCCUACACCUACUUACUCGUCUCAUGAAAUCCACGCUGUUGAACUUAAAUUUGUUGAAGAAACGACGUCGUGAGUCUAUUUUUACCUUUUUUACACUAUCAUUCGAUUUUGCUACUUUCGCACUGUAGGAGGUCUAUCCCAAUCAUUCAGCUUGUGUAUUUUUCUAAGACAUCCUUUUUCGCGGCAGCUGACGAGAAAGACGCGGAGGAGACUCGAGAUGAUGAGCCUACACAAGAUUACUUUAAGGACGUUCUUCUACUUUGAAGAUAAUACGGAUCGGGUAUAAAAAUUAUCAUACAAGAACCAGAACAAGUUAGGUUCUGUAAGGACGUCGUUUUUCUAGUUUCUGAUGAUAAUUUGAUUCUGAAGUUGAUCCUCAUGGGUAUCAGGUUGAUAUUCGCUCAAUAACUCGUGAGGUUCCAUGGCUGUGGUGACUGCUUAUUCAUGUGAGUGCGAAAGAAACGUGAUUGGAGUCAACAGUCACCAGGGAAAUAUCCGAAGUGCGCUUACCCUACACUUUCCUUUUUCGAAAAUGAUGGUAAUUGAUAAGAAGUGUGCAGGCAAGUUGGCUUAGUGGUAUAGGCGUUGGCCUGUAGGUAAGUACACUUAUCAACCAAACUACCUAGGCUUCGAGUCCCGGCAAGGAGUUGGCUUAGUGGUUUAGGCGUUGGCCUGUACACUUAUCACUAGGGAGGUUAUAUGUAUUUGAAAAAAAGUUACCAAUACCACCUCUACUAUGUUGUCUAUAAUUGGUUCUCUGUGGUCUAGCUAUUCUUUGUGUUUGUCUAGGAGCUCUAAUCGCAGGCAAAAGAAGUAUCACGACGCGAUUAUCUGGGGGAGCGUCUCCACGGUUACAGUUGUGGCAUGUGGUGUUGCUAUUUUCAAGGCGCGCAAUAAGCUUAGAGGCUACUGCGCUCGCAGGAACGCUCCUCAAGUUCCGGUGGCGUCUGAUGAUGCAGGUGCGUACGUUUGUGAACUUAUGUAGACAUAAACUGUUUGAUGCUCGAAUCCAAUCGGCGUCGUGCUUCAACACUUAAAAUGCUGGUGGAAGGAAGAAAAAGACGUGACUCAUAAUGCUUCUCCAAAAUCUUCAUCGUGAGCAUCCAUGGUCUCCACUAUCCAAACUUCACUACACAAAACUCAACUUCACUACCCAAAACUCAACUUCACUUCUGCGCAAAACUGAACUUCACUACUCAAAAACAUUCAACACAGCGAUCGAGAACAACCAAUAUCUCUUCUAUGGGGCAGUCAACUACAAGUUCAAGCAGUAUGGUUCCACGUCAGCAAGCAACCCAGACAAGGAGGAGGAGUCGCCUGUCGCUGAUGAUGGGCCGAAAGGUGCCAGCGUUUGAUACGAUGACCCCCAACGGGGGUUGUCGUUGUAGGACUUACUAACCUGAUCUAUGAUAGUGAUGUAUUAAGUAAGAUUAAUACAUCACAUCAAAGAAGUGGAAGUAGAGCUUGCAGGUAGUACAGGUAGGAUUGGGAAAGAGAAAGUCGAAGAGUUAUGGCAUGACACGAAAAAGGAACCUGUUUCGUGUUGUUCCUUGUCAUUUUUACAUCGAGUUUAUACCAAGUAGCCACUAACACUAUGUUGUCCUUGUUUAUCUUAUCAUUCUUGCUCCUCUUGUUCUUCUUAUCCAUGUUUCGUUGUUUGUCAUAGCAGUCUAGCGAAUCUGAAAAUUUCGCUUUUAUUGUGCAAAAUCAGUCGCAUAAUUUGUAUAGAGCCGAGCUUCCCCAUAUCUAUGUCGUAUUGUCGUAUGAUUAGACUCUGCAAUCAUUAUGUCAAUUGUCAAAUGUUAAUGCUCAUUUUCUAAGUAUCAUCUCUACUUAACACAGCACAUGGUUGAUGUGAAGGUGACAUUACGGCUAUUUCUUACUGAUGGAAAGUAGAAGGGAACAGAAAAAUGAAUUGAAUGUAUUUAUAGAUAACGAGUUUAUAUUCUUUCAAGUAUUGAACAGAUAACGUGACCAGAAAUGAUUACGAGAACGAGAUGAACAGAAAUGAUGAAUUGGUAGAUCUAUGGAAUUGUAUGCUUUCAAAGGUAUGUAUUUGGCGCUAGUACGAACAACAUUUCUAUCUCUAUGUAUAGUGAUUUGAGUAGAUUUAUGAUCAUCAAGUAGUUAUAUUUAUCGGCAGAUAUUGAUAUUAUUUACAACAUCAUAAGCCAUGAACUAUGAUUAUGAACGAAAAUUUCAGCCACAGACACUGACACAGACUAUGAAGUUGAAGAUUUCUUUGUACUACAUGUUUUUGUUAAUGUGCGAUGAAGCAUGAGUGUCAAUCUAGGACGGAUCAUUCAACAUCAUUACGUCGACGUAUAAGUAUAUAAACCUGUAACAAAACUACUAGUAAAUGAAAAUGGGAAAAUCAAAAUGGGAACUACAUUACAAUUGACAUGUAUAUGCGGGUAUUGUUGGGUGAAAUAGAUACAGACAAUGUUGGCACUUGAGCGUAUAGCGAACUUAAAAAAAAAAAACUUAGGGAUGAAUAUAUCGAAGAUAUUGCUAUUGAUAUUGAUGUCAGUCUUACUUUCUCUUCUGUGGAACCAACGACUACGUACUUACAUCAAGGCACCUCUUCGUGUUGGAUGUCGAAGACUGAAAAAUGAAUCAACAGUUCAUCUUACAGAAGCAAGGUUUCGUAUUGUCUUUUGGCUCUUCAGUAGCCAAUGAAGCUUGCUAGUUUUGUUGGCGGGGCCCCACCUAACCUAACCUAAGCAAGAUGUGGGCCUAGAGAGGUAUCAAGAUCCUGGUCACCAUUGACUAACAAUCAUGGAUCAACAAAAGAUCGCAAUACUACUUCAGAAAUACGACCACGAUUACAUAUCAAGAUCAGCAAUGUAGAUGCACACUUUUAUUGCCCACGAGAAGACUGACACACUCGACGUCGAUCUCGCUCGUUUGAAUCAAUUAUGAUUAG